AUGAUCGCUUGGGCGGACGACGUGGAGGAAGGCGUCAACGCGCAGCAAGCGGGAGUGCUCGGUCCGGGGUUGCCGAUGAGCGAGAUAGGCCUUAGUGAGUCCGCCAAUCCGUGCACGCUACUGGCGCGAGCUGAAGUGAAACGACUUGUGUCUUGUUGCAUGUUUUUGACCCGUGUUCGAGCUGCUUUCAAGGUGUUGAAGAACGUGAUGAUGCGUAGAUGCUUCUUUGACACUUAUUACCAAAGGUCGUGGAGGAAAUCAGGAAUACAGUGUGCGAUGUGUUUGAGUGAUCUUUGAAAGUGUGGUCAGGCCAAAUAUGUUUGACCUUUGGUGUUUCGGGCUGCCUUUUGGUGUUUGGUUCGAUCCACCCCCUCUCUCCCACCUCUGCCCCUUGGCUGUAACUUCGAAUGACACAAGUGCUCCAGUUUCUUCAGUUUCUUGCCGGGAGAGGGUCUUUUUCCGUUUCCGAAGUGACUCACGGUGAAUGGGAAUCGUGAGCGUCGGAAAUCGAAAAAUUCCUUCAUGCAGAAACAACGAAAAUGUUCGAGCCGGACUGGACUGGAUUUUUUUGGUGGCUCACUCAUUCACUUUGAGACGUGCUGCUUUCACUUGAACUUGCCGAGUGUAGGUGGCGGCGCGUACACGCACGCCACACCUUGGUUCUCACGCGAUCUUGUUUUCGUUUGGCCGCUUCUGUCGCUGCCCUCCCUACCCACUGUUGCCUUAUCCGCCCGCCUUGUUGUUUUCUCCCCGUGUCUUUUCGGACGCCGUUCCUCUGCUAUGGACUCUGGGGUCGACCCGGGAUGCUUGCUGUUAUUUUUCCCGGAAUGUUUCCGUAACGUAUCUACUGCUUCUGCUUCGAUUAUUCGCGGGAUGUCCCAUAUU